AUGGUGGAGCUUCGCUUGGAGGCGCUUGACUCUGGCAGCCUGCCGAAGGACUGCUACGUGUCAAUGCGUGUGGGCGACACGCAGAGGCUCUCCAAACUGGCCGGGACGCGUACCUUUCGCUUCCCAAGCGGCUCGGAGCAGCGGCUCGGCAAGAUCGAAAUCUUCAAGCGGAUCGGCGCUUGCAGCAUCGACGUGGAGCCAGCGGCCCAUGCAGGCCGAGAGGUGCGCAUCGCCUGUACCGACAACGUCGGCGAGCUCGGCCUGCGUGUGCACCAGGAGGCUGGCGCGGCGACGAAGCAGGAGGUGCAGGACCAGUCAGUCGCAUCGAAGGGUGAAAAGAUGAAAGCGUACAGGGAGUACUUGAGCAAGCACGGCUUGGAGGUGCUCAUUUCCGAGGCGAUGUCGGCGGUGCUGCGCCAGCGCCCUGACCAGCCAGUGGAUUUCCUCGUGGAGCGCCUGAAGCAGGGCAAACCCUUCCCGGUGGCGGAGAAGCCUGUGCACGCGUCUGUCCUGGAGAAGCCCGCGCCCGUCACCACGCAGAACGCACUCGAGGCGGCGACCAGUCCCUCCGCUCAGCAGGCGCAGUCUCCCGUGGAGAAGCAACCAGGGAAGGGCGCGUACUAUGCGACCCACGUGCUACCUUGCGUUGACAAAGCAGCGUGGAGCAGCCUCUACGCCGCUUUCUCUCGGGCAACGAGGCCAAAGGCGGCCACUCCUGAGGCGGCCCCGACGCCCUCGCCGCUGGGAAUUGCCGCGGCGGCCGCGCUUGUAGGCACGCCGCCGUCGGUGGGCACAUGGCUGGUCAGCAGGAGGAAGGCGCCUGGCCCGAUCAACCCCGUGGUGCCCUUGCUGUUCCCGGGCGCCGGGGCCAGCCGCCCGCAAGCACCCUUUGCCGCUGCGUCAGCCGCGUCCGGGCCGUCUGCUGCGGUGGCAACGGCGGCACCGCAGUCGCCGCCCAGCUCGGCCGCCGCCGAGCAUGGAGCUCCCUGGUCGCUGACGCCGUCGGUGGGCACCUGGCUGGCCGUGGCGCCGAAGGCGACGGCCCGCGAGGCUCCACACGGUGCAGCCGCCGUGGCCCGCCAGGCCGCCUUCGAGCCGUCCGCGCAGCCCACGGCAGAGCCCGCGGCGCCCUGGGCGUGGAAGCCCUCAGUCGGCACGUGGGUCAGCGGGGUGACCCCGCCGAAGGCCGGUGGCGCCUGCGGGCUGGUGACGACGUGCCGGCGCCUCGCGGGGCUGGGGUCCCCGGGGGCGAUGACGACGGGCCAGCGCGUCGAGGUUGAGCGGGUCGUCAGCGCGGCCCUACUGGACAUGGGCGGGAGCCUCGCGGGGGAGUAUUUCCCCCUGCGAACCUCGACGAGCUUCGCCAUGAGGCCUGGAGGGAUGUCCGAUGACGAGCAGCGGGCCCUGGCCCAGGCAGGCCUCCUCUUUGAGGCCGAGGAGGCCGACGGCCGCGGGGUCUUCGUGACCUUCGGCGGGCGGUCCGCGGUGUGGCUCAACGCGCAGGACCACCACGUCACCUUCGUGACAGCCCCAGGGCUCGAGCCGCAGGGCGCGGCGGCGAGCCUGAAUGCGCUGGAGGGUGCUGUAGACGAGGCGAUGCGGCUCUUCGGCUACGCCCUCUGCUAG